AGCGUGCUUUAUUUGCUUAUCCUCAAAUUUCCGCAGAGAACCUAACCUCAAUACUACCCGAUUACUUUCUCGUUCCCUGGUUGUCCCAUCAAUACUGUAGUAGUCCGAUUACUUGUACUCCCCAAGAUACACACUGGUCUAGUCUAUCUUUCAUCUGUUAGUUUUCAUGAGCUGUGCUGGUACAGUGAACCUCUUUCAAGAACAUCUUCCCUGGAGUAGAAGACCGUAAUUUCGCGGUAGAAGUGGUCUUCGUGGUUAUUCCUGAUUUAUUUGCACGGUAGAAACAAAAGUUUGUUUUCACAGUUGCAGAAGAAGCUAAGCGUAAGUACGGCUAAUAUUUAUCACACCGGACACAAUAGCAACAUAACAAGCGCUGGCCUUGAGUAGAAGUAAGCGUGAAAAGGUCUUCUACUGCUCCUGCUGGACCCCAACCCAGAGAUUAGAUCAAAAACUGAUCGUCUUCCACUGACCUGGUUCACGCCUGCUGUGGUUCUCCGGACGCUUCACCUCCAAUUUCGUGGAAACAAAACGAUCGCUAUGGCCGUCCAGCCAGCCACCAAAUCGUGGUCGACGGAGACCAGCCAGAAACAGCAGGGGUAUUGGGAGGAAGACCGGAACAACAGACUGAGGUCCGCGUUGGAGGCGAUAGCAAGCAGCAGCCUCGACCAGCAGACGUUUCAACUUUUGAUUCUGCUACAGGACGAAGUGUUUCUCUCCGACGAGUUCCGCCAAAAAGAGAGAUUGUUCGUCCAGAAGUAUUAUGCACAAUAACAAAUAUCGGUCUGGGUCUGGAAAUUUGUGUUGCUGAAACUUGCAGUGCAGAGUGCCGGCAUGUAGUAGUACUUGGUAGAAUUCUAGCAUGACAAGUUCUUAUUCUUAUUCUCGGCUGCUUGCCGAAAAUUCACUCCUCGCGUUCUUUAGUUCAUGACAAAAAGAAAAUUGAGGAUGACAAAAAAGCUGGCGACUCGGCGCAUUUAGAUGUCAUCACAGAUCUAGUUGGCUCUGAACUCUUGCAUGACAUCAAAUCCGGACCCAGAUCUUCGAUAUUUGCGGUGCAUAAGUACAGGAAAGAGCUUCUAGCGUUAGAGGGAGGCGAGGACAUGGAUCUAGUUCGUCCAGACCACGAAGAUCAUGGAGACAAUAAUCAAAAGACGGGCAUCAACAUCAACAUCGAUGCCGCGGGAGCACAACAACUGUUUGAGGAAUACCAGCAGCUCUUCAAGAAGGUCGCGGAAGAAAGGUUAACCGGAAACAACGCCCCCGACCACAUUGCGCUCAGCGAGAAACAGCAGCUGCUCUCGAUCACGCAAAAACCGUCUGCGUUUCUGAACCGGUAUCCUGAGGAAAAACGUCCCCACCCCAUAGUCAAAUUGGUAAAUCUGCAACACAAAUCGCCACGCUUUGGGAGUUGCGCAUGACAAGUUUCCGUCUGUGGUAUAGUAGUGGUUAGCAAGGCAAGCCGCAUAAGAAAACCAAUUUCUCAUCCUGUUUACAGCAUUACAAAUGCCAAAUCUCGAUUGGAAACGCCUCUCAUGGGGAUGCGCAUUACAAAUGUUCCCGUCAUCGCGCAUUUGCAUUACAACUCUGGGGUGGGGACGUUUUUGCUAAGCAUAACCGGGCCCGGAUGCUUUUAGAUAAAAGUGUAGCCUUCCAGUCCGAAUUUCAAGUCGCGUUUUCCCUCCUGGAAGCCUUGUCCCGGGUGAAAAACUUCCGGCAGGUAUUGCAGCGGCUGGCCCGCACCACGGAGAUGGUCCAGGACAUCGUGCAGGGAAAGGAUGCCGACCAGCAACUGGAGGUGCUGCGUUUGAUGGCGGCCGUGCAGGUAAAAGUCCUGCCGGAAUACGAGAAAAGCAUGAAGGCGGAAAUCGAGCAGCGGUUUGCCAGGUACUAGAAUGGUGCAACUGAGACCUAGCUGAACCGUCAAGCAUCGUCUACAUGUUCUUGUAAUUGUGCUGCACCACGAGCACGACAAGAUUCUUUUUCAUGUUUCACAGCGUACGCGUAGAAGGGCAUGCUUAUACAUAGAAGCCACUGCGGAUUGUACAACAUUGACACGAUGCGUCCACCUAGUACAACUCGGUAUGAUCCAAUAAAAUGAAUAAGGUAUCGCAAGCUCCUUGGGGCCGCGUCGACAACAUCUACAGCGUCUCCUGAGUGGGAAGUUUUGGCUUUCACUCCCGAGAUCCACAUCUCUGUCACCUACGACGAGGACACCCGGAAGUCUUUGAUUCGCACGGUGAUGCGGCUGCAGAACUUCAACCUCCGCGAGGCGCUGGACUGCUUCGGCAACCUCUCCGCGGAGAGGACCAGCUGGGACCAAAAGUGGGAUAAAAACAACCAGGAGUACCUAGUAAACCGGUCGGGGAAAAAGCAAGAGGCGCUGGAAGAGUUGUUUAAACCCCAUUUAACGAAAGUCCUGAAGGUAGGGAAAACCUGCGUCCGGGGGGAGCGGUUCGCUUUGGUUCACUUGAACGCCUUCCCGACUUGGAUGAAGUGGCUCAUUGGAAUCCCAGAGACGGUGACGGUCCGGAAUAUUAUGAACCCGAUUUUUCAACAGCAGCAGGCGGAAAUAGCUGCAACUACAACUCCGCCCAUUUGCGGCAUGGCCUACGCGGCGUGCUCUUGGGAUAUCGAACAGGACGAGCCCCUUCCGGAUGGGGCCGCGUUCAAAACUGUGAAAGCCGGCUGUUUGCGGAAAGAUCCGUACGACAAAAACAGUUGCUAUGUUAUCAUUUGUAAAAACGUCCCCACACCAGGGUCACGUUGGGAAUCUAGCAACACAAAUCUCCAUGUUUUGGGAGCUAUGCAUGACAAGUUUCCCUCUGCAGUGUAGUGCUGGUUGGCAAGGGAAGCCGCAUGAGAAAGCUACUCCCUGAUCCUGUUUACAGCAUUACAAAGACCAAAACACGACUAAAAACACGUCUCAUGGAGCUGCGCAUUACAAAUGUUCCUGUUAUUGCGCAUUUGCAUGACAACUCUGGGGUGGGGACGUUUUUACUCAGGAUAAAUGUGGUGGAUUACACGGAGACAGAUUCACUGACCUGGGUGCCAAACUGGGUGCUGGCGAAGGCGCUGGAGGGGUUCGGUAUGGCGCAUCUGAACGAAAUGUUGAAUCUGUACAGGGAGCGGAAAUAUCAAUUGCAAAUUUGUUUUAGGUCUGACGAUCAACAUAUGGAAAGAACAAAGAACUUGUGUCAUGCGCUACUACAUACAAGUACUGCUGAUUGAUGUACUAGGUCGGGCAAUCAAGUAUGCGAAGUGUCGUGCACUACAAGAUGCCGUGUGUUUGUAUGAGAAACAAAAGUAUUUUUGUGGGCAUAAGUAAAGAGAUUGAUAGAUGAUUUUGACUUACCGAGAACACGCGAAUCCAAGUCUUUCCAGUGGUUCAGACCCAUUUGUUUGCCGUUGAUAGCAAGUCGAGAGAACAAAUUGCGCCAGGUGGAGCAGGGGGAAAGUGACAACUACUCGAAUGCGGAAAUAAACAACUCAGGGGCCGCCACUCGUCAGCGCGGCUUCAUCUGUACACAAUUCCACCGCCGGACUUCUAAAAAUGGCUGGUCACGUCGUUUUUUUGGACGCCUUUUUAUCUGCUUUCCGUUUUCUCGCAUCAGCUCGUGCAAUGACGGCGUCUGAUCAUGAGUGAUGUUUCUGUAAGCCGGAAGUUCUAUUAUGAUAUUUUGUGCUGUCGUGCUACCAGUCCUGUCCGUCUCAGUCUCUGGACAGAACAAGUGGUUUUCGGAUUUUAUCCGAUAAAAGAGAUCCUCUUUCCCAUGAAACCGAUGCUACAAUCAUUUACCCAUUCUUGUGCAAGAAGAAGAAUCAGAUGCGUGGUUUCUAUUUCGUACGACAUCUUCACUUCAGUCCGGA